GGACACACUGAAGAGUAGUUUGGGUGAGGGCCAUACAACAUGGACGCAUGCGCGCCUCUAGGAGCCACCUGUUGCUUCGACUGUGUAGGGAGAUAAGACACAACCUGCACGGUCUCCCGUUUCCUCAGUACGACCCGCGCAGUUCGUCACUGAGCGGGCAGCUGCCUUCGUCUCAGGAGAGACAGCAUGAUUCCAUUCCUGUUUCGAGAUGUUGGACAUUCACGCCAAGUUUAUUUCUUAAAUAGAACUAACAACACCAUUGGCUCUCCAAAUGGGACAUACUGCUACAACACUGCACGUGGAAGUACUGUGCUUCAAGGUGUAACCUUCGGUGGUGUGCCUACUGUCCUGCUGCUCGAUGUAAUUUGCUUUUUGAUUUUAAUCUCGGUGUUCUCUUUUAUAAGGAAAAGAUUCUGGGAUUAUGGUCGUAUUGCACUUGUGUCGGAAACAGAAAGUGAAACAAGGUUUCACAGAUUAUCCUCAUCAGUGUCUGAUGACCUGGACCCUGACACGGGUUUUUGUUCUUGGAUAACAGCUGCCUUUCGAAUGCAUGAUGAAGAGAUCCAUGAAAAAUGUGGGGAGGAUGCCAUUCAUUAUCUCACCUUUCAGCGCCACCUCAUCUGCUUAUUGAUUGUUGUCACCAUUUUGUCUUUGUGCAUCAUACUUCCUGUCAAUUUGUCAGGUGACUUACUUGAAAAAGAUCCUUAUAGCUUUGGGAGGACUACUAUAGCCAACUUACAUACUGGAACCAAUCUUCUCUGGCUUCACACAAUGUUUGCUGUCAUCUACCUGAUUUUGACAGUCCUGUUCAUGAAACAUCACACAAACUCCAUCACGUAUAAAGAAGAAGACCUAGUAAAACACACGCUGUUCAUAAGUGGCCUUCCCAAAACUGCCACGAAAACAAACUUAGAAAAUCACUUCAUUGAAGCAUAUCCAACCUGCACUGUGAAUGAGGUCAACUUGUGUUACGAUGUAUCCAGACUUACUUAUCUGUAUAAAGAGAGAAAAAAGGCAGAGAAAAGUGUGGUUUAUUAUACACACCUUCAUGACAGAUAUGGAAAACGGUUUCUCAUAAACCCCAAACCACUUGGCCAUUUGUGCUGUUGUGAAAUCAAAGGCUGUGAAAAGGAGGAUGCUAUAGAUUACUACACCAGAAUUUCCAAUAAAUAUUUGGAAGAAUAUUUGAAAGAGGAACAGGUGGUUUAUGAUAAGCCAUUGGGAAUGGCUUUUGUAACAUUCCAGGAAAAAUCCAUGGCAACAUAUAUUCUAAAAGAUUUCAAUGCCUGUAAAUGUCAAGGUCGUAAAUGUAAAGAACUACCCCAGCCAUCAGCCUUCAGCAAAGAACUGUGUGUUUCAAACUGGCAUGUUGCAUAUGCUACCUAUCCACAAAAUAUUUGCUGGACUAAUCUCUCAAUUCAAGGGCUGAUUUGGUGGUUUCGGUGGCUUUGUAUAAAUUUGUUGCUUUUUCUUGUACUCUUUUUCUUGACCACACCUUCCAUCAUUAUUUCAACUAUGGAUAAGUUCAAUGUAACAAAGCCUAUUCAUUAUCUGCAUAACCCUGUUAUUAGCCAGUUCUUCCCUACAGUCCUCCUGUGGUCCUUUUCAGCUUUGUUACCGUCAAUAGUCUAUUUUUCAACACUGUUUGAAGCACACUGGACAAAGUCUGGUGAAAACAGAAUAAUGAUGCAUAAAAUCUACACUUUUGUGAUCUUCAUGGUGUUAAUUUUGCCUUCACUUGGUUUAACCAG